GAAAGGGGCGGUGCUAAGGCGAACGCACUACUGCUUUCAUGACGAGCGGUUGACGGCAGCGCAGCAGUCUUGCCAUACAGUUUAUAUUUUUCAGUACAGUAUCAAAGGUUUUUUUUCCUCCAGCUGUUAUUAUUAAGGAGCUAUCUCUGGUGGUCUUUGGAACUGGCCUUUAGUAUAGUAGGACGAAUACAUGUUUUGUUGGUUGUCAAUGUCAGACAGUGGUUACUGUACAUAGCCCGGUAGCUGUCUUACGAGGUCAUCCUAGUGACUGUGACUCUGAGUGGUUACCGCAUCGGGUUAACUAAAUUAACGUUAUAACAAGUUUUUUCAGGUACACUAUCUUUGUAGGCUUGAUCAGCUACCUGAAUAGCUACUGUUGCAAUUGGAAAGAAGACAUGAAAAGUCUUCCGUAUUUCUGCCGGGGGGAAGUCGUUCGAGGAUUUGGGCGAGGAAGCAAAGAACUUGGGAUUCCCACAGCCAACUUCCCCGACUCCGUGGUGGAGCACCUCCCUGGUGAUAUCAGCACUGGGAUUUACUAUGGCUGGGCAUGCGUGGGUAGUGGGGAAGUCCACAAGAUGGUGAUGAGCAUCGGCUGGAAUCCUUACUACAAGAACACCAAGAAAUCUAUGGAGACCCAUGUGAUCCACACCUUUAAAGAGGAUUUCUAUGGACAGAUCCUCAGUGUAGUUAUGGUGGGCUACAUCCGUCCAGAGAGGAGCUAUGACUCGCUUGGUAAGAACGCCCUGAUAUCCGCGAUCAACCACGACAUAGAGGAGGCCAAGAGAAACCUUGAGCUCCCAGAACACCUCAAACUUAAAGAGGACAACUUCUUCAGAGCUGACGGCAGCAACUCCACGACCACGUCCAACCAGAUCCUGAACGGCCAUUGACCAAUGAGUGCAUCACACAACCCCGUCUGUUGUUCUCUUGUCUCUGUACCCUCUGUCACGUUGUUCACCAGUAUGCAUCCUACCAUUCCAUUCUGUCAUCUGGUCAUAUCUUCUGUGGACCUGGCUGGCAGGGGCUGUGCUCAUAUUUGUUUAGUGUGGUGCAAACAUGAACCACUGAAGUUGGCGAGUGCUACGAUUACCUCAUCAAAAAAAGCCAUGUGACAUCCAAAAAAUGCUUUGGGUGUUUGUUUUUUCCCACGGCAUUUGAGAGGCAGGAUGGUCAACUAACAACGGACGGUCCUGUCUAUGAUCUUAUGUGUGCUGCUCGGUCUUUAUCUCUUUGUUACCAGUACCCCUUAAGGCCCAAUAUGUUACUUAUUUGGUCCUCUACACAGUUUAAAGCUGGUUGUCGUUGUAUCUGACCUGAAGCUACAAUAGAAUGAGUGUUUUCUUUUUUUAUUGGCCUAGUUUGGUGCCUAAUGAAUGUCCCCCAGUUAUUGCUAGACCAUAUCAAAUUUGAGAAAGUGAAUGUCACCAUUGUGCAUUUCAGGGCAACAAAUUAUCUUUGCAAGACUUGUAUUAAUUGGGGAUUAGUCUCAUUCUGUCACAGUUUAUUUCCCUGUUUCUUAUUCAGAUGUAUUCAAAAUGUCUGCUUUGAAGGAGACUAGUACAAAAAAUAUGCUGAAUUCAUCUAUAAUAUUUUAUACUCAAGAGAUUCUGAUUUGACAUAUACAAACUACAUGGUUGGCAAGAAAAAUAUGCUUUAAUGCGGUUCAGCUGUCCUUAGGUUUCUAGUUCUUCAUUGGUCAAGUCUGAAAUGUCCCCUAACCUCCCCAGAAAUGCAUAACGUUUCAUAAAAUAUGGAGAUCCAAGUUAGGAGUUUACCUGUUAAGAAUUUGUAAAUACCAGCUGAACGAAUCUAUUUACUUAAAAUUUAAAUACACUGACUAGUUAAUGGACAAGACCUUGCAGCCAUUGUUUCACCAAUAUGAUACUGUAUUGUUCAUUUAUAUACACAACGUACUGCUAGCUAGUAAACGAACAAUAUUGUUCAAAACCAUAUUAAGAGAUUGCUCUUUGUGACAUUUAACUGCCAAAAGGCUGUUAUCAAGGACCUUUUUUUUUUUGCUAGUGAUGUCAGAGGUCAGCAUACAAGAAAAGUCUGGGCUCAGAUAUAAUGGACGAGUUUCCCACGAGUAAUGGUCCCCCACAAAAAAAACUCUGAAAUGGGACUCUGGAACGGUCUCUGUGUGUGUGUCACUCACUGUAACUUACACUACCCUGACCUGAUUUGUGUGAAUGGUUAAGUUUGCCAUUCAGAUCUGGCAUUUACAAAAUAAUGCUGAUUCUGUCGAUAGUGGCACUAUAACAAGCGAUUGAAAAAGCAAAAGCUGCAUGUUACAUUUGCUGUACCAGUCAAUCAACCAACCAACUUACCUUAAGGUGUGCCAGAAUGGCUUUGUCGUAUCUAGACCAAGAUUGCUCAGCGAAGUUGUUUCAGAUCAGAUGUGCUUGAUUAUGGUUGGAGAGAAACUAUAGAAAGAUUCAAUCUUUUUGUUCCCAGAAUAUUUUUUUACUAAAUGAACUUUGUGUUUGACCCCUUAUUCCACUGACAAAAGCACUGAUAUGGUAGAAGAAAGGACAAAGUUCGGCCCUCUGAUUCUCUGCAGAUUGGUGGACAUGUGUGUUUAUAUUUAUAUUAAUGUAGUCAGAGGAUAAGGUGGACAUUAUCGAGCACAUGUAUGUAGUGUUUAAUAACAGAUGUACAUUUUCUAGUUCGCAAUUGUUAAUUAAAUGUGAUUUUAAAUUUAAAGAGA